GAAAGACAUUUUGUAAGAGACAUGAGUGAACUUUUAGGACGUCGGGAUUGUAUCGAGAGCCUCCGGAAAGACCUGGUGGACCUCCAGGGCGCCAUUCUGGAAGUGUUUUCUCGGACCGGACCGGUCCGCUUCCCCUCCUGGAAGUUCCCAGACAAGCUCUCCUGUCACCUGGACAUGUUGGCUCUGAUGGAGCGGUACGACUUCAUCGACGGGGAGGACACUUUCAAUCAACACUCACACAUCGUUUUGCUGGAGCUGGUCAUCGACAGGCUGCUGCUGCUUCUACAAAGCUUCAGUUCAUAUGCUGUGCAGCUGAGAAGCAGCUCAAGGAGGGAACAGAACCAGCAGAAAGGAUGCAUGUCUGUAGGUCUUGUUGCUAGAAGCUGUUGGAGCAAUUUAGUUGAGUUUGCCAAAAUGAAGGAGAGCUGCAGAGAUAUUGGAGACCUCACAAGGUCAAAAAUGAUUCAUUCUGAUGAGACACAGACAACAACGCCCAUAUAUCUACAAGGGAGCUCAAGAACUGACUUAUGCAGACGUGCUUUAUCUGCCUCCUCAUUGCCUCCUGGCCUGACACACAACCCUGCUGGCAGUGUUUUAGUCCACAGACAUAAUGUAAGCUGCCAAACAAUACAGUCAUCCCUCACUCCCUGUGAUGCAUGCCAUCAAGUGCAGUCCACUUUGAGACGGACAGGAGCUGCUCUGGUGGGUCUGUUUGACAGCGAGGGCCUCCCCUCAUCCCUGCAGCCUCUGCUGGUGGCUGUGGAGGACACUCUGGAGCCUGGACACAUGACAGCAGCCGAUGUUGCUCAGUGGGGCAACGAGCAGCUCAGGGACAUGCGAAGGCUGAGCAAGCAUCUCGGGGACGUGCGGGGUACGGUGCAGCCUCUCCAAGAGCGUCUGGCAGCUGCAGAAACAGAACGGGAGAGAUUGAGGUCCCAGUUGGCACAAACACAAAAAGAGUUCAAGCAAGAGCUCGACAAACACCAAGCAAACAGCGUCCAGCUGGAGUUUUCACUGCGCAAAGCAGAGAGAGCCGUGAAAGAAACAGAGAAAAGACUGCAAGACGAGCAACAGCAACUUCAGAGAGAAAUUAUGACCUUGGAAGAGACUAACUCUCGACUAAAGGAGCAAGUAGCAUCACAACAAGACAAUUUGCAAGUACUUGAGCACGACAAGAGUGUGCUGCAGGAGAAAGUGAAGACUCUGCAAAUAGAAGAAGAGGAACGUUGUAAACUACGACAAAGGAUUCAGCAAUUAGAGUGUGAAACCUCUGACAUUCAACUCCUCCUGGACAAGGAGACUGCCAAAUACCAGACUGCGUGUCAACAAAAAGAGUCAAUGCAAGCAAAGCAAAGAUCUUUAGAUGAGAGAGUAGAUACUCUUAAUGAAAAGUGUGAGGACCUGCAGAGGGAGCUACUGGAGAGAGAGAAGCUGGAGGCUGACUUCCACAACCAGCUGCACCAGGUGACACAUGAGAAGGAAAAACUGCAGACUCAGUUUACUCAACAUGAGGAGCUGUGUUUAGAAGCUCACAGGGAGAAACGGACCCUAGAACUGCAAGUAGGAGAGCUAAAACACAGUGUUGCUGAGCUGAAGGAACACAUACGAUCUUUAAGGGAGAGGGAGAAACUGUUGGUGGCUUUCCCAGAUCUCACUCCCCUGGCUCAUGCUCAGCCGCAGACUACAGGUAAUGUGGUUCUGGAUAUGAAGCAACAGCUGCAAGCAAACAGCAUUCGAAUUGAAGUUCUUGAUCAGGAAAAUGUCACUUUGCAACAGAGUCUUUUUAAAUUGAAGGAGAGGGCACGACAAAAUGCCACCAGGGUAGGACAUUUCCAGUGCUCCAAAAACGUGUGAACAUAUGAAUUGGUUUGUAUAAUCUUCAUAACCAUGUGAUUGGCCUUUGACUUUAUUUUGUGUAUGCGACUGGAACUGUCAAUAGGAACACGUACCCCAGCAGGCAUGGGGUGAUUCUCCUUCCAUUCCAUCAGAAGACAAACAACAAACUCUCCAGACACUAAUGCAGAG